GGCGGGUCUCGGCGGGCGGGGCGGCCGCCGCUGGCUGCCAUGGACGCGCUGUGCAGCGCCGACCCCCGGCCCCGCGGCCAGCCGCCCCUGGGCUCCGGCCCGGAGCCGGGCCCGGGGGCCUCCCCGCUGCCCUGGGCCCGCUUCUCCGCCUGGCUCGAGUGUGUCUGCGUGGUCACCUUCGACCUGGAGCUGGGGCAGGCCAUGGAGUUGGUGUAUCCUUAUGACUUCAGACUGACCGAAAAAGAGAAAACCAACAUCUGCUACUUGUCCUUCCCAGACUCCUAUUCAGGUAGCCUAGGAGAUACUCAAUUUAGCUUCCGUGUCCGUCAGUCUGGGGGGCAGAGAAACUCUCAUUUUGGGGAUGAUGGCGAAUAUAACAGAGAAGCCCCCCUAACACUACAGCGGGAGUCAGCUCAUUACUUUGGCUAUGUGUACUUCAGACAAGUCAAGGACAGCUCAAUGAAGAGAGGUUAUUUCCAGAAGUCUCUAGUGCUGGUGUCACGCUUGCCUUAUGUGAACCUCUUCCAGUCUCUGCUGCAGCUGAUUGCUCCUGAGUACUUUGACAAGCUGGAGCCAUGCCUGGAGGCAGUGUGCAAUGAGAUUGAUCAGUGGCCACCACCGGUGCCAGGACAGACACUGAACCUUCCUGUGAUGGGAAUUGUCAUUCAGGUGCGAAUCCCAUCCAGGGUGGAUAAACCCGGAUCAAGUCCCUUGAAGCAGUUCAAUCAAGAGAAUUUGUUACCAGCCCCAUUAGUUCUCCCCAGCGUUCAUGAACUGGAUCUCUUCAGAUGUUUCCAGCCAGUGCUAAUUCAUAUCCAGAUGCUGUGGGAGCUGAUGCUACUGGGGGAGCCAAUAGUUGUAAUGGCGCCAUCCCCUACAAUUUCCUCAGAAAUGGUUCUGGCACUUACCAGCUGUCUCACCCCUCUUAAGUACUGCUGUGACUACCGUCCAUAUUUCACUAUCCAUGACAGCGAGUUUAAGGAGUACACCACUAGGACACAAGCCCCGCCGAACAUUGUUGUGGGAGUCACAAAUCCUUUCUUUAUCAAAACACUCCAGCACUGGCCUCACCUUCUUCGGAUCGGGGAGCUCAAAAUGUCAGGUGACUUACCCAAACAAGUCAAGGUGAAGAAACUAACCAAACUGAAAACUCUGGACACUAAGCCGGGAAUCUACACCUCUUACAAGACAUUUCUGCACAAAGACAAAACCCUGAUAAAGAGAUUGUUAAAGGGGGUUCAGAGGAAGCGCCCAUCUGAAGUCCAAAGUGCCCUUUUGAGGCGCCACCUGCUGGAGCUCACACAGAGUUUCAUUAUCCCCCUGGAGCAUUAUAUUGCGAGUCUGAUGCCUCUACAGAGGGCCAUUACUCCAUGGAAGAAUCCUCCCCAGAUCCGUCCUUUCCGACAAGAGGAUUUCAUGAAGACCCUUGAACAUGCUGGUCCCCAACUCACCUGUGUACUUAGGGGUGACUGGUUAGGCCUGUACAGACGUUUCUUCAAGUCUCCCAACUUCGAUGGCUGGUACCGUCAGAGACACAAGGAAAUGACCCAGAAGCUGGAGGCCCUUCACCUGGAGGCGAUCUGCGAGGCGAACAUUGUGGCCUGGAUGAAAGACAAGUCCGAGGUGGAGAUCGUUGACCUGGUUCUGAAACUUCGCGAGAAGCUGAUCAGAGCCAGGUGUCAUCACCUCCCUGUGAAGGAGGAAACGCUGCAGCGAGUGGGCCUUUACAUUGAGACCAUUAUUGGUUCCUUACCUGAGGAUCUCCAGACUGUGCUGCACCACCACUGAGCCACCCAGCACCAGGGCUCUGCUGGGAAGGGACUCCCCAUUCACAGCGUCUCCUUCAGAGCUGCAGGUGGCUGCAGUCAGAUUUGAGGAAGAAACUUCUGCCCUGAUCCAGGCCCACGGUGACCUGGAUUCUGCCUACCAGUGCGCCUGGGUUUGAGUCCUGAGCGCGGGGUGGAAUUGACGACGGGAAGGUGAACUGUUUCUGUGCACGAAUGUUUUCUGUCCAGCCCUGCUCUCCUGGAGGAGCUGGAGGAGGAGAGCUCUGUGUGGCCAUCAGUGUGGCAGAGGGAGGCAGCCAGGGGUCCAGUCCCAUAUGGAAGGCUGUGUAGAACCAACACAGAAAUCCCCAUCCUUGCCUCAUGCUAGGCCCAUUGAUACGUACGUGUCCAUCAUGCCCACUUGUCAUGGCCCCAGCUGUAGAGACAGGAACACUCUGUGUAUGGGGUUUAUGUACAGAGGCUGCAGGAGAAACCUGACUCUCUCGCUAAUCUUGUGAUUCCAGCCCCCUUCACACAGGGGAUGUGGAAAAUCCACCACUAUCCCCACAACGGGCUGACCCGUUACUGGAGAGAGCAGUCACGGGCCUAGUGAAUUGUUAGUGGAGCUGAAGGCAAGAUAAAGGGGAGAAGUGGGUGCUGGAAGGAGCGGACCUCUCCAGAGCAGUGUGUGUUGGACAGGCUGGAGCUCUGAGCACACCCUGGAGCUCCGGGAGUGUGAGAGAGCAGGGAGCAUUCUCCUGUGCAGUGAGGGAUCUGACCAGAGAAUGUCUAACGAGGAGCGUUUCUCUCCUACAGAGUCUCAGCCCCCUUGCCCAUCAGGCAGGACACAGUGCAUCACUGCUUAGAGCCUGCGUUACCUGCCCUAAUGGGCGCUGGCACAGCGCUGGCUCCCGUGUGGGUACGGAGCUUGCAUAUACUUGUACUGCCAGUGCGAUGCUCCCCUGUGCUUCCUCGUCCUUACCCACAGCAUCAGAGGACUCUGGUACUGCUGUCUCUGUUAGUUCUGGGGGGCCGGUGGGGAGCAAAAGGGGAAGGGAAGCAUGCACUCGUAAGGGAUGAAUGAAUGAUGUGCUGGCUUUUCUACCAGUGCUAAAAUGGCUGACUGCAGUCUCCUCCUCUUUUCAGAGCAGUGUUUCUCCAGACUCUCUGACCGCUGGUUUAACUCACCCCCAGGGCUGCCCUCUGAGAGCCAGUACCAGGCCCUCGUGCUUCACCCUCUGCCACUCUGAGCAGAGCCCGGAGCCUUCUUGCCAUGGAAUAAGUGUGCCCCAUGUUCAAUGGGCCUUGGGGAAAACCUGGCGUCUGGGGCCCCCGCGCUGCUUCCCCAAUGCAGGCCUAGAAUGGAACUUCUUGCACAGUAGGGACGGUCAGGGUGUUAGCCGAGACCUUGCACAAAGGCGGCCUGUGAGCUGUGUGUACAGGGAGCGGGGACAAGGGGGCAGUGGUGGGGAGGACGUGGUGUUUUCUUCAGCGCGCUCUGCCCUCUAUUGAGCUGUCUCUCAUUUACGUGGAGGGGUCAGUAAAGCACAAAUGCCGGAAUCCUCCCACCUCUCUCUGCCCCCGACUCUGGGGGGAUGGUUCCUCCAUCCCCUGCUGCGUGUAGUCUAGAAGAAAGCAGGGCGGCAGCAGUCCUGAUAGUGAGUGUUAGCUGCAGCCCUUAGCCCUCCUUCGUGGCCGCACUGCCCUGCCCUGGCUCCCUGGCUGGAGAAGCAGGCGGGCAGGGCCCCCCAUGCAGUAAGUUACUCUGUAAACUGCUCCUUAGUGACAAAGCCCAGUCUGUAUAGUGUAUACUCUAUAUAGAGAUGCGUGUGCGUUAACUGUGCAGUGCCCGCAUGAGGGACUUAAAUCACUACCCUAUAGUAGUAAAUGUUAGCUUAAAAAACA